UAGCCGAUCAAAGGAAGUCUGACACCGCUGGGUGACCUUAAACCAUCAUCUGAAGAGCCGUGAUGCUCCUCGGCGACGGCCUAUAAAAACCCGUCUGAGCCGCAUCGGUGUCCAGGUGACAGCAUGUCCUCCUUCCACCGAGUCGUUCUCAUGCUGCUGCUGCUCUCGGGGCUCAGCGGACGAUUGGUUGCCGGGCAAGACGCCGACAAGGAUGAGCCGAGCGCGCUGCCGGGGGACGAGAACGCCGCCGUCCUCAGGAGGAACUCGAUGUGGGACGUCACGGAUGAAGACGGGAGCCCCAAAGUCGUGCUGUUGGCGGACAUGAGGCAGAGAGGAAUGCGUUUUCGGGGGCUCAACCACCGACUUCCUGUGAUGGACGAGCCACGCUGGAGCUACAAUCCGGCUGUGGAGAAGAGAAUCGACCGCAGGGACACAGACAUUGAUGUGUUGCGGUGUAUGAUCGGACGAGUGUACAGACCCUGCUGGGGAAGGACAUAAACACCACCUGACUUCUUCAAGCAUCCAAUGAGACAAACAGUGUGUAAAACAAAAUAAAACUUUAUUUAAAAUGAA